GGUCAGGGAGCCAGACGCUGCUGUAACGAUAGCAAUUGCCACAACAGUAGCCUCUGCAUUAUUUUUAACAUUUGGACAUAAUCUGGCGAUAGUACUUACAUGGCGUUUCAAACAAUUAACAACCCAACCAUUUUCCAACAAAAGCAUCAGAUUUCACCCUCAAAACGGCCGCAGAAUUACUUUAUGCCACCUGAGAUACAAUUACAGAUUUAUGAUUUGAAGAUCAUGAUACUAAGCUUUACUUACAAUCUGGAUGAAAAGUGAAAUUUACCGUUUAUCGGCGAGGGCUCCGUUUGGAAUAUCGCGUGGAUUCCAUUUUCAAAAUUGUCCUCCUUUCUUUUGCAAUUUUAGUAAAGUAUGGCGACAGGCGUCCAACAUGACCUGAUGGAGCAGGCACAGUGCUUUUGGUCAAUGCUGGAUGAGCUUGCAGAGACCGAUGAAGAUGCAUACAGGAAGUUCAUGGCCACAAACCUCCAAAGAGGACAGCAAGAAUUGACACCGGCCAAGCCAUGGAUGUGUGUCAAGACCCGUAUCAUGUAAUGGACGUGUGAACUCCUUCACUGCCACAGUCGGCUACAGAGUAACGCCUUUCAUGGGUUAAAGGAUUAUUACCGGGGUUGGACUAACGAAGCUGUCUGCAAAUAAACUAUGCUCGUGUCAGAGGCACUGAAUGGUAAAAUGGACAAAAGGAAGGCUUCCAAGCAUCAGCCAGAACCAACAGCAAAGAGAGUCCGAAGAGACAAUGAGACACAAACGCCACGGACACAAACUAACCCUGGUCCAAGCACAGCACCAGACACGCAGGCAGCUCCAACUCAACAACUACCGGCUGAUGGAGCGAGGGAUGACCAACAAACGACUCGGCAGGAACCGCAGGCAGGGCCUUCUCAGCAGGAACCAACGCCACAACCACCCCCACAACUACAGCCAGGACCAGAAAGAAAAUUGGAUGUUGAGCCUCCCCACGCUUCAGAAACAAACUUGGAUAAAGAGCAUCCCGAACUUCCAGGUAUCAGUGACACCAUUCUACGCAAGAUCUCUGAAAGGCUUGGCUCUGAAUGGCAGAGGCUGGCUACACAUCUCGGUUUAAGCGCUGCAGAGAUCGAGCACAUCUUGAUGGAUGACCCAGGCCAGACGGAGAACCAGAUCUUCAACAUGCUGGCUGAAUGGAGGCGCAAACAAAGGGACGUGUUAUGUGCAGCUCUGAUGAAGAUCGGCAAAACAGACAUAGUCGAAGACUUGAAAGAUUUAAGUGACCCUGUUCUACGCAUGAUCUCUGAGAAGCUUGGCUACGUAUGGCGUAAGCUGGCUACACAUCUCAGUUUAAGCGCUGCAGAGAUCGACUGCAUUGUGAUGGAUGACCCAGGCCAGACAGAGAACCAGAUCUUAAACAUGCUGGUUGAAUGGAGGCGCAAACAAAGGGAAGUGUUAUGCACAGCUCUGAUGGAGAUCGGCAGAAGGGACAUAGCUGAAGACCUGAUAGGUAUCAGUGAUCUUGAUCUACGCAUGAUCUCUGCCAAGUUUGGCUCUGAAUGGUGGAAGCUGGCUACAUAUCUCAGUUUACGCCCCACAACGAUCGAGCGCAUCGUGAUGGAUGACCCAGGCCAGACGGAGAGCCAGAUCUACCAAAUGCUGGUCAAAUGGAGGCGCCAACCAUCCACAAGCACGCAUCAGAGGGACGUGUUAUGCACAGCUCUGAUGGAGAUCGGCAGAAGGGACAUAGCUGAAGACCUGAUAGAGGCUGAAGUGGGAGGAGCUAGAGAACAGAGCAGGCAGAGAGGGACUACAUCAUCUGAAAGUCAGGGACAGGAAGAUAUUGGUCAUCGAGACAAAUGUCACCCAGAAGUUCAAGAAGGAGGGGCUAAAGAACAUUGCGAGCAGAACAGCACUUCAUCAUCUGAGGGACGGAGACAAAAUCAGCAAGAGGCAGGAGGAACACAUCCGAACAUUCAGAAAGAGACUUUGCAAUCAUCCGAGGAGCAGGGACUGAAAGGGUCAACACACACAAAAUCAGGUCAUGGGCAAGUGGGUGUUACACCAAGAAAUCAGUCAGAGAUACCAGAGGCAAUGUUAAAAGAAAUGACAUCACAAGACCAACAGCUAGUGCAGGGUCCAAAGUCAGUUCACGACAUCGUACCUGUAGGACAAACCUCAUCCCGAUCACCUGCUGUACUCAGACAUGGACCUGGGCAACUAGUUUCCGUUGAUUCCAUGAGUGUCAGUGGUGAAAAUUGUCCUGUCUUCUUGGGAGCGGUUAACCAACCUACUUUUACCUUGAACGUUCAAAGCUUGAAGGUUACAGGAAAAAGUUCAGGGUUUCCAAAAGUGUCAAUAGAAACAGACGUAACAAGGCAGGGUAGCGAGGACCGUGGCAUGAAUGAUGUUCUCCGGAUAGCCCUGACUACCUUACAUAGAACGGAGGGAAAGGAAUACGUCCUUGAGCAAAUCAAGGCUUUCCUGAACUCAUGUGACGGAGAGCUUGAGGAAGUAAUAUCUGGGUCUGUGACAUUUGUUGUCCGCUUCAAGAGUCGGGAAGGUCUGAACAAACUCUGGAGUAUGUACACCACUGGAGAACUCGCCAAGAAACUGACAGAGAUUCUCAUCACAGAUGAACUGACUACAGAAGAUAAGAGUGACUUGGCUAUCCAGGCAACUAUACCAGAAAGCGACUACGAUCGGGCCUGCAAAUUCUUUGACGAAUUGGAAAAGGACCAGCAGAAAGAUGAAGAGGACUCAAGCAGCAUGGAAGAGGUACAGCAUACACAACUUGGAGAAAGCAGCACAGCAACGACAGCUUACAGUAGCGAUCCAACCGGAUACGCUGAAGACAGAUGUGAAGAGAAAGUGAAGACAUCGUUUAUGACAACAGGUAUCAGUGACCCUGAUCUAUACAAGAUCUCUGUGAUGUUUGGCUCUGAAUGGCAGAAGCUGGCUACACAUCUCGGUUUAAGCGCUGCUGAGAUCGACCGCAUCGUGAUGGAUGACCCAUGCCAGACAGAGAACCAGAUCUUCAGCAUGCUGGUCAAAUGGAAGGGAAAACAGGGGGAGGUGUUAUACAAAGUGCUGAUGAAAAUGGGGAGAACGGACAUUGUCGAAGAGCUGAUAGGUUUCAGUGACCUUAUUCUACACAAGAUCUCUGGUAUGCUUGGCUCUGAAUGGCGUAAGCUGGCUACACAUCUUGGUUUCAGCACUGCAGAGAUCAACCGCAUAGAGAUGGAUGACCCAGGCCAGACAGAGAACCAGAUCUUCAACAUGCUGGUCAAAUGGAGGCGCCAACAAUCCACUAGCGUGGAUCAGAGGGACGUAUUCUUCACAGCUCUGAUGCAGAUCAAGAGAACAAAUACUGUCGAAAACCUGAUAGAAAUCACCGGACUCCAGGGGCUGGUUACCUUUAAGGAUUUACAACAGGAAAUUAUCGACAACUACAAGCAAACUGCAACGACUAUUCCUGCACACCCUACACUGCAGUCACGUCAAGUGGGUAUUGAGGAAUUCUUUUUUCCUCUCCAUCUAAUAAAGAACAUUCCAGGCAAAACAAAAUCAGAGAGGUCGGUGACAUUACCAGAAGGAGAAAGAUUGUUAGAUAUUAAUCAAAUGAUAUCUCUCAAUUCCUUGGAUGAUUUGUUGAAUCCAGAAGUAGUUAAGGAAAUCAAGAUUCUUCUUUAUGGCGGGGCCGGGACGGGUAAAUCAACCCUGUUAGUGAAAGUUGCAAACUUGUGCAUCACACUUAGUUCAAAACCCCUUCUUGGUAGAUUCGAUCUUGUGCUUUGGAUAAAGCUGAGGCAAAUGCAGCAUACCAGUUGCGUCUUGGAUGCCAUAUUUGACCAAAUUCUAGCACGAAACACCAAACUGACAAAACGCAUAGUGAAAGGGUUCAUUGAUGAUCAUGAAUCAGGCAUUGCUUUGCUGUUGGAUGGAGUAGAUGAAAUUCCAUCUCAUGUUUUGCAAUCUAAGGAGGGCGUGUACAGGGUUCAGGAUAUCUUACACAACAGAGUCCUUACUAAAAGUUUUGUGUUGGUCACCACCCGACCCCACAUGAAACAGUACAUACUUAGGGGUCACCCAAAGUAUGCCCUAGUGGAGACAACUGGCUUCAAUCCACAAAACAGAGAUCAGUACAUCAGAUUAAACCUUCCUGAUGAUGCUGACAUGGGAGAGGCAUUGGUUUCAAAUCUGAAAACCAAUCAACAUCUCUGGGAAAUGUCAAAAGUUCCGAUCAUUUCCCAGAUGAUGUGCCUUGUUUGGAAGAAUCAAAAGUCAUUGCCUGAGAGAAUUACUGAGCUGUUUGCAAAGUUUGCAGAGGUUCUUUUCAUUCGCCGCAAUGAAGAAAUGAGUGAUCAGCACAUGAUGUCCACCAUGAUGUCCAUCAUUGAUGACUUGGGGCGUGUUGCAUUGCAAGGGUUACUAGACUCUAGAGGGGAAAGACUCAUGUUCAAUGAAACUGAAUUUCAGGAUUGUCAGUCUUGCUUAGCUGAGGGUUGUCGUGUGGGUUUCGUUCUACGUGAAACGUUCACGAGUGGUGUGGAUGUAAAAGUGCUGGUCACUUUCCCCCACAAGUCCAUCCAAGAAUACUUUGCAGCAUGUCACCUGGUGAAAUUGCUACAAGAUGACGAAAACAAUUUCCGUCAUCAGUUGAAGCAGAUUGGAGAACGCAAUGUUCUUGCGAUGGAAUACAUGCUGAGAUUUUGUUGCGGUAAAUCAAGGCAGGCAGCUGGUCUAAUUCUGGAUCACAUACAAGAGAUGCAAGGUGAUGAGGGGGAACUGCAGAGAUUGGCUCGGUCGCUAUUGUAUGAGUCUGGUUCUGAGAAGUUGGCUACCAAACUUGUCAGACCAACUCAGGUAGACUGCAAGAGUAAUGAAGACAUGAAAUCACUGAGUUACUACUUACAGCAUGUCACUCCACCACUUAAAGAUACAGCUUUUAACAUGCAUGUAAGAAUGCAGGACCUAAUGACCCUUUCAAGGGGAAUUCUUCCGAGUGACAGCAUGAAGUCAGGCAUGAUAUAUGUUACCUACUUCUUGUCUGAGCAGGAGAAGGAGGAGCUUAGCCUCCUUGAGAAAACACUUGGUGUGGUGGAUAAACAGCACCUUGCUCGAUUACACAUUGCAGUUAUUAUUGAGGCAAAGUCAUGGUUUGAUGUGGGGCGUGUAUCGCACUGUUUUUUCAACAUACGGGAACCAAUACGAUGGCUUGGUUUGACUAUGAGCCAACGAUCACCGGAUGAGGUUAUUGAUCUAUUGAAGACACUGGAAGGAUGCAGGUUGAGUGCUCUCGCACUGUAUGACACCGACCUGCAUGCACGGAUGGGAGAUGUUAGCCACAUCUCUUCAUCCCUUAAAGUCUUGCUCCUCAGUGAAUGCAGGUUGGUCGAUGAUGAUGUGAAGGACCUGAUCAGCAUCUUUCCUGCUGAGCAUGGUUUAUUGGUGCUUUCCCUUAAUGGCAAUGAAUUCAGUUUGGAUGCAGUGAGUGCUCUCACUCAUCAUCUCCAAAGUCUCCGCAAGUUAGGUUCGUUGUCACUGUGUAACAUUAGCAUCGAUCCUGAGCCCGUCAGACAAAGUGUCAGUCAAAACCUCCCUCACCUGAAGGAAACUGAAGAGGGAGUUUUCAAAGCCUAAAUCAUCUCCCACCAAGUCAUAACUCUCACCCUGUUCCCUAUGAAUGCAACACUCUCAUGAGCCGCAUUAAUUUGAAACGAGUACCUAGUAACAUGGGUCAUUUC